CAGCUAGCCUAAGUAAAUAGGCCAAGACAACCAAUACGCAAGAUGGCGCCAAAUCCAUUGGAGAGUAAGACAUCGGAGGUUAGCGGAGAAGCAGAGCAACCUGCCCCAGCCGAGAAUGGAGCAAGCGGAUUCAGUGACGAUGACGUAGAUACGGAAAUUGAAGUCACACCGGAAGAGAAUUCCGAGAAAAAGCCUCGUAAAAAGAAGAAGAAACCAGAUGAAAAUAAAAAAGAAGAAAAGAAAGAAAAACAGGAAACACCUGAAGAAAGGGAGGAACGCAAGAAGCGAAAGAAAGAGAGAAAAUUGGCGAGAGAAGCAAAAAAGAAAGAAGUUGAAGACGUUGAUCCACCACCGUAUUCUCCGCCACUUGAUGACGACAAAGAGGCGGCAAAGAAACCCAAACAAGGGAAGAAACAAAAGCUGAAAUCACAGUUCAGCGAUUUGAUGGACGCCCCUCUGCGAUUCGCUUUUGGUAUUCUUGUUUGCGUCAUACUGCCUUUCAGCAUUUACGCUUGUGAUGUCAUACUCAGCGUGAACGUCAUAGAUAGAGAAAGCUAUAAAGGCGCGAUCAUCUCUCCUAUAAACAAUAUGUCUCAGCUACCGAUGCCUGAACUCCUUGUCGGCCAGAAGUAUCAUAUUCAGCACACAAUAUUCAUGUCGAUACAAAUCAAUUCAAAGCCGAAAACCAGAUAUACCAGGGCAGUCGGAGACGAACCAAACAUUGUUGAUGCCGCGGUAGAUCCUUCAGUGACUCCAGCCACAUCUGUGAGCACGGAAUCAACCACAACAACAACCAAAAAAGCUGUUGCACCACCUUCAACUACAUCAGAAAAGACUCCUCUAGAUGUUACGUCAUCAAUGACGUCAUCCACAACAACUACGACCGCAAAAUCUACCACUACAACAACGUUGAAGCCAGUACUGGUUGCUAAUUCAACGAUUCUUUCAACCAACGAUACGAUUCUUGCUACACAGGAGCCCCAGAACACAACGAUUCGGAGGAAACCAGCAAAGUUUAUUCCUCGCCCAGGCUUCCGUUUCACUACUUUGAAAACAACAACAACCGAGAAAGCCAACGCAACACCAAUCGACCCAGAUAUUUGGAAGAGACAAGAUGGCGAAUUCUGCAAAGGACUUUACUAUUUCUAUGAUCUGCACAUGUCGUAUGCGCAUGAAUAUGGGUCGGACUGGUUUGAAGAUGAGUCUUACUCCGCAUAUCAAAAAGAGCAGACACUCUUCUUUAUGUUUACAAUCAUCGGUUUCAUCUCGCUUCUGAUUGGUUUAGGACUCCGUUGUGACGUUUUUCUGUCUGACGAAUGGAGUUCAUUCAUUUUAGUGAACUUGUUCCUGUACUCCAUUUCAAUGGCGGUCACAGUCGCUGUUUUUGCGCAAGAGUCAUCAGAAGGUGGUUUGAGGUGUGCAACAUGCCGUUUCACCACUUACUGUUCGGAUAUCGACCCCUGGAAUUAUCACACCCACUGGCCCGCUGAGCCAGACACAAUACAGUGGUCUAUGGUGGCGCUGAUAAGUUUCAUUUUUAAACUGAUCGAUUGUUACGCAAUCGGUAUCGUGACCUUGAAAUUCAUCCUUGACCUUGCCAACGACCUCUGGUGGAUCACGUGCUUGAAAUUAUUCGGUUGGUUGAUCAUGUUCCCUCUGCUUAUUUUCACCCCGAUGCUCGGAGUCACUCGCUAUCUCGCUUUACCGGGCGUUUCACCCAACGACGAUGCAGCUAUGCUUGCUGUGGAGAUCUUGUUCUACAUCGGUGUCGCAUUCUGGGCUUUAUGUCUUCUCGCUCUACCUUUCUUCUGUAAGAUGAGAAUGUGUUCCGGAUCAGAUGAAGAUGAGGCCCAGGAAGAGGAAGAUGAAUACGAUUACUAAAUAUGUAUGACGUCAACAAUUGAUGACGUCAUCUCACACGAAUGUUGACUACGAUAUAAGAAAAGUGCCUGAAGACUUAAGCUGUUUAAAAUUAUAAUUUUUGUAUAAUGUAUGCUGAUGUCAUGUGAGAAGUGUUGUCAUUUAACAGUUCACUGAAUGACGUCACGGAAAUGAUGACGUCGCGGAACAAGUGAUGUCAUUUCCAAAGUUAGUAUGACGUCGCAAAACUAAGUUUCAAUAUCACGAUGACGUCAUUUCCACAGCUACUUGCUGUCACAAAACUAAUUUUGCCAAAAAUGUUAUAGAGGUUGUAUAUUAGUUAUCGUUUUAUCAAGUGUCACUAAAUAUUUGUGACGUUAGUUUGGUGACGUCAUCAAAAUGUCGUCAAUGUACAAACUUUUUUGUGCUUUUCUGAUGUUGGAUUACUGAGCAUUAUAUGAUUGAUUGUAAAGUCUUAUAUUUAUUGUUUAAUUUGCCAAUUUUUCGCACCAUUUAAAUAUAGGAAUGCAGUGUCCUGCUUGAGUGUAUUACAAUUUUCGUGACUGAAUAUCACGGAGACAAAAGAAAUAAUUGUCAUACCUUAAAGAACUGAACAAACAAAAAGGAUUAUCCAAAUUUCUGUAUUUCAUAGUUGAUGUAAAUCUUUCAAAUUUCCAUAUGGGCAAUUUUUAGGCCUACCAUACGUCUCGGUUUAGCCGGGACAGUCUCGGUUUUAGCAAGUUUAUCCGCCGUCCCGGAGAUAUACUCAAAUGUCGCGGUUUUGCAAUAUGCGAGUCAUGAAUAAUUUUUCUAUUUGAUAGCAUUACGAAUUCUUUUUUUAUCCGAGGCAACUGAUUGGCAACUCACUUCACUAGUUCAGAUAGAGAGAAAAAUUGUUACGUCAUGGUUAUGAUAUGAAGUAUGAACCAUGCGUUAAUUUACCAACCAACUGUACUGUCGUGGUCAUCAAAAUGCCGGAAACAAAAUGUUUUCUAAUUAGUUGAAAGAUUUUUAUUGUUUGAAGCAAAGACAAAUAGAGUAUAUUUUAAUAGAUUUUACAGCCAAUUUCGAUGUCCGUACUCUACCCACAAUGAUAUGGAAAGCGUUUAAACUAUUACUAAGCCCCUGGAAUUGAACUUCAGAAUCUAUGUAAUUAAACUCAUAUCGUUUUCCCAGUUGAGCAUGUUUCGCAGUAUUUUAACUAAUUUCUUGCUGUUUGGCUAUUUAUUAUUACAGUAAAUGUGAGUGAAUGUAUAAACUUUUCGCCUUAUAGUAAAUAAAAGCGUUAGAUGAA